UGGAGAUUUUUUCCAUCAGUCUCAAUCGAGCAAGAGUUUCGAACGCAUCGUGCUCUCUUCGAAGGAAAUAUUCGAUUUAUUGAUUGGUUAUUGAUAGCGUGAGCGUUAGUGAGUGCUAAUUGCUGGUUGUAAUACAAACAGCGGAAGUUGAAAGUGAGCGCACAAAGUGAAAGUUUUUGGGACUUGUGUGCGAACAGUAACAGUGCAUCAUGCCGCGGCCAUCACGUGAAUCGUACGGUGACCAGAAGCCGCCGUACUCGUACAUCUCGCUGACGGCGAUGGCGAUCUGGAGUUCACCGGAGAAGAUGCUGUGUCUGAACGAUAUCUACAAGUACAUUACGGACCGGUUCCCGUACUACCGGAACAAUACCCAGCGCUGGCAGAACUCGCUGAGGCACAACCUCAGCUUCAACGACUGCUUCAUCAAGGUUCCGCGCCGUCCGGACAGGCCUGGAAAGGGUGCCUACUGGACGCUGCACCCGAAGGCCUUCGACAUGUUUCAGAACGGAUCGCUGCUCCGUCGGCGCAAGCGUUUCAAGCUGCACGACAGUGACAAGGAGAGCCUCAACGAGGAGUUCAUCGCGCUGGCCAACAUGAACCGCUUCUUCAUGUCCCAGGGUACGGCACAGUUCCACGACCCGUACGCGUACGCGGCUGGCAUGCCAGAGAACAUCAACCCGAACAUGUUGUACACGCCGAUUUCUCCCCCUCAGUCACCGCCGGAGGCGCUACGAGCCACCAGUCAGUCUCCGGAACAGCCCCAACCUGCCGCUCUGACCGCCGGGUUCCAGCCGGUGAUCGCAUCCAGCACGACUUCAGUUACCAAGCCAAAGCUACCCUUCAACAUCGAGAGCCUACUCGGGGACGACUCGGACAGCAAAGAAGAGUGCUCCUCGUCAGAUUCCGAGGACUAUCCGUCCACGGCUACCGCAGUCGCCCCGAACCCGCAGCACCUGGAGCAGCUGCGGGCAUCGCUUCACCUGACCCAUCACAUCCAGGCCGCCGCAGCCGCCCAGCAGCAGGCCGCCUUCAACGAGUACGUCGUGGCUGCGCAUCACCAAGCGGCCGCAGCCGCCGCCGCCAUGAACGCCGGCUCGCCGUACGGAAUGCACCCGGCUCUGAUGUACAAGUUACCUUCGCCACCAUCGUACAUCCUGCCGGCCAACGCGUACCACCACCAUCACCAGAUGCCGACGGCUCACGGCAUGCCGCAGCACCAGCCGUCGGAAGACAUGAUGCUGGGUUAAGAGGUGUUCCAGGGUUUGAUCCGGGAUCAUCGUGCUGGCCACCAAAUAUGCGCCCUUCGCACUUGUGUGGAGCGCAGGUUAGGAUAGUAUUUAUUAGACAGUUUUUUUCUUCUUGAUUUGCAAUAUUUUUUCCAUUCGACUGCGAUCGCCAGAGGGCAUCCCUCGGGGAUCGGCUGGAGCCAUUUGACCUCGAACCAAGUUGCUAGAGUUUAAGCCCCCGAUAUUUAUGUGAGAGAUUACGCAUUUUUAGCAAUACAGCUUUCUAGCAGAUACUAACAAAACUGUGUAGAGUUGAUUAAUAUAUGUGUCAGUAGCUGCGGAAGAUUAAAAAUUCGAGAAAGAAAACAAAACAACAAAAUAAUUGUGAUGUCCUUAGUUUGUAGGAACCUAUAACGUAAGGAGAACAAGCAAUACCUGCCCCCAACAUUAGUAGCUUAAGUUGAAUUCAAAGGACUGAUUGUUUUUACAGAGUAAAGUUUAAUAAAUGAAUUAUU